AUGAGGUUUGUGCAGAGGGUGAGAUGCUGGGAGUACAGACAGCAACCUUCGAUUGUCCGUCUCGUCAGGCCUACUCGUCCCGACAAGGCUCGUCGUCUGGGUUACAAGGCCAAGCAGGGCUUCGUUGUGUACCGUGUCCGAGUGAGACGUGGUGGACGCAAGAGGCCAGUGCCAAAGGGUAUUGUCUACGGUAAGCCCACAAACCAGGGAGUGACACAACUCAAGUUCCAGAGGAGCAAGCGGUCUGUUGCUGAGGAGCGUGCUGGAAGGAAACUGGGUGGCCUAAGAGUCGUCAACUCCUACUGGCUCAACGAGGAUUCGACCUACAAGUACUACGAGAUCAUCUUGGUUGACCCGGCACACAAUGCUGUGCGUAAUGACCCUAGAAUCAACUGGAUCUGCAACCCGGUGCACAAACACCGUGAGCUCAGGGGACUUACAUCAGAGGGAAAGAAGAACAGAGGACUGCGCGGAAAGGGUCACAACAACCACAAGAACCGUCCGUCUCGCAGAGCUACAUGGAAGAAGAACAACUCUCUCUCCCUUCGUCGUUACCGUUAAUUGUUCUUACUUUCAUCAAACAUCUUCUCGUUUAUCUCUCGCAUGUUUGACUUUUGUUUUUGCCAAUUUUGGAGACUAUGCAAUUGCGUUCGAAUUAUGGUAUCCAGCAAACAUUUUAUAAUUGCUUUAGUAUUGAAAAGAACACUCGAA